GAACGAUCGACUUUACUGAAUUUUUGACAAUGAUGAGUCGUUCAAGCGAUGAAACCAAUGCUCAGGACGAGAUAAGAGAAGCCUUUAAAGUUUUUGACAAAAACAAGGAUGGUUUUAUCAGCAUCGAAGAACUAAAACACGUUCUCAACAGUCUCGGAGAAAAGUGCACUGACGAAGAACUGAGGCAAAUGAUGGAUGAGGCUGACUCUGAUGGGGACGGUCUGGUCAAUUAUGAAGGUCACCUAAAAACUAAAGAGCUAACCGAAGAACAGAUCGCAGAAUUCAAAGAAGCAUUUUCUCUAUUUGAUAAAGAUGGAGACGGGACUAUAACUACCAAAGAACUUGGAACUGUUAUGCGAUCACUAGGACAAAAUCCCACCGAGGCUGAGCUCCAGGAUAUGAUCAACGAAGUCGACGCAGAUAAUAAUGGAACUAUCGAUUUUCCUGAGUUUCUAACUAUGAUGAGCCGAAAAACCGAAGAUAGGACAUCCGAUGUUGAAAUUCGAGAGGCUUUCCGUGUAUUUGACAAGGAUGGAAACGGAUUUAUCAGCAUGCAAGAACUGCGGACUGUCCUAACCAAUCUAGGAGAGAAAUUGACUGACGAAGAAUUAGCCGAAAUGAUGGCGGAAGCUGAUAUUGACGGGGAUGGGCAAGUAAAUUACGAAGGUUCUAUAUUUUGGUCAUUUUUUUUAGAAUUUGUGACUAUGAUGACAAGUAAAUAA